AUGGUGAGGCUGAGGACGACUAUCUUUCUGAGGGUUGAGACAAUUUAUUCAUCACGAAACCUCAAGGAUCGUGUUCAUCAACUGUUGACUAUGGACUGUGUGAAUUUUGGCGAUGGGAAUUUAGGCUACCAGGUGGGGGUCAAUAAAGGGGUGAUAAACUUUCCAGCCGGUGAGUUUCUAAUAGUGUCGAUGAUGGGACUGGUGAGGUCGACUAACAGCGGCUUCCCAUCCCCAGAACGACUGGAGCCCCGCCCGGAGCCUCUAUCGACUGUGCCAUUCCCGCAUGAUCCAGACUUUGUCAGGAGAGAUGCACUCCUCGAUCAGAUUCACGAAAAAGCCUCGAUCCCAGGAUCUCGAAUAGCUCUCGUUGGUCUCGGCGGUGUUGGGAAAACACAACUUGCCAUCGAGUACGCUUACCAGAUCCGGCAGCAGUCAGCGAAAACGUGGGUUUUCUGGAUCCAUGCAAGUAACGUGGCCCGCUGCGAGAAAAGUAUCCGUGACCUUGCGGAUCGGGUCAAAAUUCCCGGGCGGCAGGUUCACAAUGUCAAUAUAUUCCAACUCGUCGGAAAUUGGUUACAGGAUGAAAAGAUCGGGAAAUGGGUUCUCGUCCUCGAUAAUGUUGACGACGAUGAGCUCUUUCGCAGACCCUGGGCGACUAGCACAGGCAACCAGAUCAAUAUACAAAGCAAUGCCUCGGCGCAACCGCCGAUAAGGUACCUCUUCGGAAGCACUAGUGGGUCCAUCAUUGUCACGAGUCGGAAUAGGAGAGUAGCGCUGGAUAUCACGAAUCAUAGGAAUCUCAUCGAAGUGCAACCAAUGAACCAAGCUGAAGCGCUGGAUCUGCUGCAGAAGAAGUUAAGCAUCCCAACAGAGCACGAGAGUUUGGCGCAGCUAGCUCAGGAGCUUGAAUUUAUGCCACUCGCAAUCGUACAGGCUGCCAGUUAUAUCACACAUCGAUCACCCCGUUGUUCAGUGUCGCAAUACCUCGAAAAAAUCCAGAAAAGUGACCACGAAGCAGUGCGGGUACUAAAUGAGGAGGCCGGUCUGCUUUACCGAGACUGGGAGGCCAAGAACUCCAUUCUGCUCACAUGGCAAAUAUCAUUUGAUUAUAUUCGCGGGAGAAGGCCGUCCGCAACGGACUUGCUGUCUUUGAUGAGCUUUUUUGACCGGCAAGGAAUCACCGAGAAUAUCCUUCUAGCUCAGCCGAACCAGGAAAGAAAGAGCUUUCCUCUAGGCCUACUUGAGGAGAGUUCAAACGAUUCAGACACGGACAGCGAAUCUCAUGAUGAUGCUGACACCGAUUUUGAAAAAAAUAUAAUAAUCUCCGUGACUUUUCAUUAA